AUGACCCAAGCAUAUACCGAAACCUUAGCUCCUGGUAGCCUCCCUCUACCCCCCUACGACCCCGAACUGGUCGCAGUCGAAGAUAACCAACACCGCCCUCUCCCAAAAUCCCUCGGGGAGCUGCACGAGCUCCGCCGCACAGAAGAAGACUGCAGCCAGGAAUUCCUCACCGACUCUGAGCUCACGGUGCAAGACCAUACUAUCCCGGGACCCGGACCAGAUGGAAAAGAAGGAGGAAUCCUUGCAGCAAUAAGCCUUUCACGCCGCGAGCCUCUCGAUACAGGGGGGUCCCGCCCGGGGAUCCUCUUCUUCCACGGCGGCGGCCGCGUCAUGGGGACUGUAUACACGGGCCUCCGCAGCCUCACUGUCGCAGUCAAAGAGCUCGACGCGGUCGUCCUCAGCGUAAAGUACGGUCUUGCCCCGGAGGUUCCCGCCCUCGACGUGCUGGAGGGCUGCUACGCGGCGCUGCUGUGGUUCUCUGGGAACCUGCACUCCUUCAGGAUUAACCCACGGCAGCUGAUCAUCGCCGGAGUCUCUGCGGGGGCGGGACUCGCUGCGGGAGUGGCACUCAUGGCGCGGGACAGGAAUGGACCUGAACUCGCUGCGCAGCUGCUCAUGUGCCCGAUGCUCGACGACCGGUGCGACACCCUCUCGUGCUUGCAAUUCGAGAACGGGCGCGGGUUCUACACGGCUUGGGACCGGUACGCGUGGUCGUGCAUCCUGGGCCGAGAGCCCAGGAGACAAGAAGAAGAAGAAGAAGAAAGAGGAGGAGGAGAGAAAGUCAGCCCCUACGUCGCCCCCGCGCGCGCAAAGGACCUAUCCAGCCUGCCCCUGGCAUACAUAGAUGUAGCCUCGGGCGAGCCAUUCCGGGACGAGGAUAUUGCGUAUGCGAGCAGGCUCUGGGCGUGCGGUGUCCAGGCGCAUUUGCACGUCUGGGGUGGGGGCGUGCAUGGGUUUGAUUUGUUUUACGAGUGUGGGCUCGGGAGGCAGGCGUUUGAGACGCGGAAUAGGUGGUUGGUUGAGUUCUUGCGGUCGAGGGGGAAGUGA